AUGAAAUUAGAUAUUUUAGGACAUUCAGAAUUAAAAAAUAUAGUAGAAGAGAAAGGUAAAAUGGAAAAAUUUUUACUGGAGGAAAAGAAAAAGAACCAGGAAAAUUAUGUAAUAGAGUGUAGUGAAGAAGAUACAAAGGAGAGAUCAUAUAAAAUUAAAAAUUUAUUGAAAGAAUUACCUACUUAUGAAGUUUUAUACAAAAGAGAGGUAAACGAAAUUACAAGUGAAACAUGUCCGAGAUGCAAUAUUGAUAUAGAUUGGUUUCAUGUUUGGAAAUGUGAAAGAAAUGAAGCCACGAUUGAGGAAAUUUUAUAUGAAUCAAUAUUAAAUGUUAAUACUAGAAGAUAA